ACCGCCCGCUGGCUCGCGGCAAGCAAAAAAAAGUCCGAGCUCACAGAAUCUACGGGCGUAUUCAAUGCGUAUAAAAUACCUACAUUCCUACGAUCCUAUCAUACCGGGAAAAAAAAAGAUCCCUGCCGCAUAUAUCCGAAGAUUCUUUCUUUCUGUAACCAGAGAAAUCCAAGUGUCUUUAGACGGAAGAAGACGAACAAGGAGGAGAAGAAGAAAAGCCAGCUCCCAGUCCUUCGUAUACAUUUCCGUGUAUCCUAUACGGCGCAGGCGUUCUGAGAAUUGACUGAUGGGGGAAGAGAAUAGUUCUUGGGUAAGGAGGGCGAAGUUCUCGCAUACCAUCUGCCAUCGGUUGGAUUCUUCAAGGGUGCCAUCCCUUCCGUUCUUUCUCCAGCACGAUCGAGAUGUUAGACCACAAGCAAAGAAUUCAAGACCUGGGUCGGUUCCUCCAGCUCCCAGCAGAUACCAAGCAGACCCACAAAAUCAUCCCACCAGACAGAGAUCUAUAUCCCCUCUUCCUGAGAUUGCUCUUUCGGAAGCAUUCAAGGAAGCUAGAUCAGACCGGCAGAGGUUCUCCACCCCGAGUCCAAGAAGGAAAGAACCCGACAAACGAAUUCGUCAUCGAUUUUUUACUGGACAUGUUCAUCACUCUCAUUUGAAUGAUUCUCUGUACUCGCCGAAUUCGAGCCCUCUCCAGAAGUUCUCAUCCUUGAAAGUAUCUGAGAAGUCGAAGAAUCGAAAGGAGUCUUCAUGGGCGAAGUACUUUGACCAUGGAGGAGGGAGGGUGUCAGCUGUGGAUACUAUGGAGGACUGGAUGGUGGAUCUUUCAAAGCUGUACCUUGGACUAAGAUUCGCGUCUGGGGCGCACAGUAAACUUUACCAUGGAAUUUAUAAGGAUCAGCCCGUCGCGGUCAAAAUGAUCAGGGUAACAGAUAAUGACGAAAAUGGAGCCAUGGCAGCUCGGCUGGAGAAGCAGUUCACUAGAGAAGUCGCUCUUCUGUCUCAUCUCCACAAUCGGAAUGUGAUAAAGCUGGUUGCAGUGUGUAGGAAACCACCAGUCUUUUGUGUUAUCACCGAAUAUCUCUCUGGAGGUUCCUUGAGGGCAUUCUUGCACAAGCUCGAGCACAAACCUCUUCCUUUACAGAAAUUGAUCACAAUCUCUCUAGAUAUUGCUCGCGGUAUGGAAUAUGUUCACUCACAGGGGGUUAUUCAUCGUGACCUUAAACCUGAGAACAUUCUAUUUGAUGAGAACUUCUGCUUGAAGAUUGCUGAUUUCGGAAUAGCCUGUGAGGAGGCAUAUUGUGAUUCUCUUGCCGAGGACCCAGGGACCUAUCGAUGGAUGGCACCUGAGAUGAUCAAACACAAACCCUAUGGUCGGAAGGUCGAUGUGUACAGCUUUGGACUUGUCUUAUGGGAGAUGGUGACAGGGACAAUCCCAUAUGAGGAGAUGACUCCCAUCCAGGCAGCUUUUGCUGUAGUAAAUAAGAAUUCGAGACCGGCUAUUUCUGCCGAAUGUCCGGCUGCUUUGCGAGCUUUGAUCAAGCAAUGCUGGGCAUUGCUUCCAGAGAAGAGACCUGAGUUUUAGCAAAUCAUGCAGGUCUUUGAACAGUUUGAAUCUUCAAUUGCUCGUGACGGCACACUGAACCUUGUUCAGAACUCCACCUGCCAGGACCACAAGAAGGGGCUGGCUCAUUGGAUUCAGAAGCUUAGCCAUGUGAAUCCCGAUAGUUUGUCAAUGCGUAAACACCACUAACUCUUACUUUUCUUCCAAUGAUUUUGUAGUUUCACUGGUCUACCUUGUAAUUAAAAAGUUUUUUUUUU